GGAUGGUUUUGGAGUGACUGGCAUCUCUCCUUCGAGUGAACAAAAUGUAUCGACAAAGCACCAUCAUAGGCUCCACCUAGAGCCUGUCUCACAACCACUCCCAUCGAAGUUCUCGUUCAUCCCAGCAUUCCCUCCUAUUUUCUUGUAUGGCCACUCUCACUAUCGCACGUGCCUACCAACAUGCAUUCCGUACUCAUCCAAACUACACUCUCGCUGUCACUGGUGGAACCUUGAAUGCCCUCGGCGAUAUCGUUGCCCAGAUUUCCCAGAACGUUCUCGUUAAAGAUCAUGAGCCCAGACCAGGUUGGGAUCCCGCACGUACACUGCGUUUCUUUUGUCUCGGCUCCGGCAUGAGCCCUCUACUUGGGAGGUGGAAUUUAUUUUUAGAGCGACGGUUCCCUCUUCGAGCGUGGAGAAGCCUUCAACCCCGCAUCAGCUUCAGAGCUCUUUCAAAACGUGUGGCUGCCGACCAGCUAAUAAUGGCACCAAUCGGGCUUGUGAUGUUUAUAGGCUCCAUGGGUGUGAUGGAAUGUCGAAGUCCCAGGCAAAUACGCGAAAAAUAUGCUGACAUGUUUGCUCCCGCUCUUCUCACCAAUUGGAAGGUUUGGCCUAUAGCACAAAUGGUUAACUUCCGAUACAUGCCAUUACCGUAUAGAAUACCUUUCCAGUCCGCCUGUGGCGUAUUCUGGACAUUGUACUUGUCCAUUUUGAAUGCCAAGGAGGACGAAAGGCAAGAUAGAGAGGCAGCACUGCAAGGAACAGUGCAUUAGACGACUGUUUCUCUCCGACAAAAUAUCCUUCAAUCUGCUUAUCGGUACACCCCUGGUAAUAUUACAUUCACGGAUUCGUUGUAGCUCAUAGAUCUCAUUUACCAAUUUUUAUAUCUGACCCAAUGUUGUCUUCACCUGCUCCUCGCUAUAUUUCUCGAGGCGCUUUUGCAUGUAAUCGCACAUGUUCUAAUGCUACCCAUUGCAUACUGCAGCAU